AUGCAACGGCUUGAGGAUGUAAAUGACAGGUUUAAGGCCAUUUACAUUGCUUACGAAGCAUGUAAAACUUCUUUCAAACGUCAUUGCAGACGCUUGAUAGGCCUAGACGGGUGUCAUUUGAAGGGGCAAACCAAGGGAAUUCUUUUGACAGCCAUCGGAUUGGAUCCGAAUGAUCAGAUUUUUCCCAUAGCUUUUGCCGUAGUUCGCAUUGAAAAUGCUGACACAUGGAAUUGGUUCCUCGGGCUGUUGGUGCAAGAUAUGGAAAUUAUGGAUUCUAGCAAGUGGACUUUCAUCUCGGACAGACAAAAGGGGCUAAUCAAUGCCUUGAGAAACUGUUGCCCGCAUGCCGAACACCGGAUGUGUGUUUGGCAUAUGCACAACAAUUUCAAGAAAUUGUUUCCUUCAACCAUUUUGAAGGACUUGAUUUGGGAGGCAGCUCGAGCAACUAAUAUUUAUGGCUUCGAGAAGGCAAUGAAUGAAUUGAAGGAAGAGAAUGAGCAAGCAUACAAGUGGUUGGCAGAUCACACAACGGAGGAGAAUUGGAGUCGGGCCUUCUUUGGUUCUGAAGCAAAAUAUGACAUCCUUGUUAAUAACAUUUCUGAAUGUUACAACAAGGUGUUACUAUUUGCUCGGGAGAAGCCAUUGUAUGGGAUGCUCGAGUGUAUUAGGAUGUAUCUCAUGGAUAGGUUUACCACAAGGAGGAAGAUGGGGGCAAGAUUGGAGGAUGCUAUUGGGCCGAAAAUCAGAAAGAAGCUUGAGAAGACAAAGGAGAAGAUUGGAGAAUGCAUGGUGAGAGAGGCCGGGGAGUGGAUUUAUCAAGUCAAUACAAAGUGGAAUGACCAAUUUGUUGUCGACCUGUGGGACCGCACUUGUAGCUGCAGGCGAUGGAUGUUGACUGGAUUACCGUGCCAACAUGCCAUUGCAGCGAUUGAGAUGACUUCGGAGAAUGUUGACGACUUUGUUGCAAAGUGCUACUCCAAGGAAACCUUCAAAAUGGUGUAUGAAGCCAUCAUCUAUCUGGUCCAAGGACCACAACAAUGGACAAAGACCGCCCACCCGAACGUUAUUCCACCCGAGCUGACCAAGCUGCCGGGACGUCCGAAGGGAGCUAGACAAAAGAGCGUGCAAGAGGCACGAGAAAUGACAAAAGAGAAGGCUCGGGCAGCCCGUAUAGUGCAAGUUAGAGAUGACAUUGAUGGAGGCCAAAAGUUGUCACGGAAAAGGUUGAUGAUGGAUUACAAAUGUCGUCUUUGUAGUGUUGUCGGUCACAACAGAAGAAGAUGUCCCCAACGUGAACCAGCAGCUCCAAGCAUCCCAAAACGCACGAAAGGGAAGGAGCGGCAGCGAGGCGAAGAGAAACAAAAAUGCACAUUGUGUCAUCAACCCGAUCACAAUAGGGUAUGGUGCCAAAUUGUUGUUGCCGAUAUGUUUGUGGAUCAGCCCUCCUCGGCUGCGGGUGACAACCAAGCUACUUCAUCAACUGUGAAGAAGAACUAA